UGACCACUCCAGGGACAAAGGAAGGAAAGAAAGCAAGACUAUAUCUUCACGUAGCCAGAAUCACCAUGAUUGACUUUAACUCCACUGCAUUCACCAAUCCUAGUACCUUCUUCCUGAUGGGCAUACCUGGCCUAGAAUAUUUGCAUAUUUGGAUAGCCAUCCCUUUCUGCUCAAUGUAUAUUGUGGCGCUCAUGGGAAACAUACUUAUCCUUUUUAUCAUCAAAACUGAGACUGUUCUCCAUGAACCCAUGUUCUAUUUUCUUUCCAUGUUGGCCAUCACAGACCUCAUCUUGUCAACCUCCACUCUUCCCAAGAUGUUGGGUAUGUUCUGGUUCAACUAUCAUGAAAUCGGCUUCCAUGCCUGUCUCACUCAGAUGUUUUUCAUCCAUGCUUUCUCUGGGGUGGAGUCAGGGCUUCUUGUGGCCAUGGCACUUGACCGGUAUGUGGCAAUCUGCAAUCCGCUGAGACACACAUCCAUUCUUACAAAUACUGUGGUGGCUCGAGUUGGCAUAGUGGCACUUCUACGUGGGUUAGUACUAAUGACACCACAUCCAUUUCUGGUAAGGAGAUGGCCAUAUUGCCAGUCCAAUGUAGUCCCCCACACAUACUGUGAGCACAUGGCUGUGGUGAAAUUGGCUUGUGCUGACAUUUCCAUCAAUAGUCUUUAUAGUUUGGCAGUCAUUGUCUUAAUUGUUGGGACUGAUGUGACAUGCAUCUCUUUGUCCUAUGUACAGAUACUUCGUACUGUAUUUAAUCUCCCUUCUAAUGAUGCCAGGUUGAAGACCCUCAGCACUUGUGGGUCCCAUGUGUGUGUCAUCCUCACCUUCUACAUCCCUGCUCUUUUUUCCUUCCUCACCCACCGUUUUAGUAAGCAUAUACCACGCCACACCCACAUCCUGCUGGCCAACAUGUACUUGUUGGUACCACCUAUGCUGAACCCUAUCAUCUAUGGAGUAAGGACCAGACAGAUCCGAGAAUGUGUUCAACAAUUAUUCAUGACUAAAAUCAGCUGA